AUGUCGUACUUCCAGAAUCAGAUCAGCUCGUUCAACAGCAGCGCCAAAUCAGCUGCAACCCGUCUUCCACAAGACCGACGAACAGCUGGAAGUACCCUUGCCGCUGCAAGAUCAUCUUCCAUAGCGGCAGCUGCUAGCACGCAAGCCAACUCCUCUGCCGCGUCUGCGGCGAAUGGCCGCCGCCAUGAUGCGGAUACUGUCUAUUCGCAACCGGUGAACACAGGCACGGGAAAGGAUAUCAUGACCCAAGUUGUGUUCGCAAUCGACCACAUGAAAAGCAAAGACUACUCCCUCAAGUUCUCUGACAUUCUAUCUUAUCUGUCUUUACACCAGCAGGGUCAUGACCCUGGUUACAUUCAGGCGCUGAAACGUAUUCUCCAGUCUCAUGAGAAAGUGCAAUAUGAUCCCUCAGGUGCCAACGGUGAGGGUACAUUUCGCUUUAAACCCCCACAUGACAUCCGUACUGCGGAGCAGCUGCUUCGGAAACUCCAAUCCCAGCCAACAGCGCAGGGCAUGAGUGUGCGCGAGCUGCGGGAAGGGUGGCCCACAAUUGUUCAGACAAUCGACAAGUUGGAAAAAGAAGGCAAACUGCUCGUUACUCGGAAUAAAAAGGAUGACCAUCCGAAGAUGGUGUGGGCAAAUGACCCCUCCCUCAUCCAACACUUCGACCCCGAGUUCCGCGCGAUCUGGGAGAAAAUCAAGAUCCCCGACCAGCAGACAGUCACUGAGGAACUGGAAAAGGCUGGCAUUACACCCACCAGCAAGAAUAAGGUAAUGAAACCAAGACCAAAGGUUGAGAAUAAAAAGGUGAAGAAGGCACGCAGGAGUGGCAAGACAACUAAUACGCAUAUGACUGGAAUCUUGAGGGACUAUUCCCAUCUUAAGAGAUGA